AUGCGAAUAGGCCAAGCUGGUGACGGCGGCGGGCGGCGCGGCGUGGCGGGGAAGCAAGCAGCCGGCCGUGACCGUGGCUGGCCGCUCUGGAGUUCCAGCUGUGCGCCGCGGCGCCGCCACCGCCGGCCCAGCGCCGAGCCCUGCCUCCAGUGCCGCUGCCGCCGCGGGCCGCGCUGGAGCUGGAGAGCCGGAAUCCGCACCGCCUGGCUGCGUCACACAGCUCUGCCGACCACCAGAAUGGGCGUGAAGUCUGUGACGGUGCUGCAGCGGGCAGCGCGGGCCUUGGGGCGCAUCGUGGGCGCGACGGCUGCGCUGCUGGUGGGGGGGCGUGGCCCCGACUCCCUGCAGGGGCAAGUCGCGCUGGUGACCGGCGCAGGCAGCAGUCUGGGUAGGGAGCUGGCGGCGUGCCUGGCGCUCUGCGGCUGCCACCUCAUCUGCGUAGACGACGACAUCGACGCCGCCGCAGUCACCGCUGACGUCAUCAAUGCUAAGGUUGGUGCGGGCGCGGCGGUGGCGCUCGCGUGCGACAGCGGGGACCGGCAGCAGGUGCUGCGGCUGUCGCGGGCCGUCCUGGCGCGCCACCACGCCGUCCACGUGCUCGUGCUGGCGGCCCCACCGCGGAGCGGCGCGGACGCAUACGACCAGCUCGCCGCGCAGUUCUGGGUGGCCCUGGGUUUGGUGCCCGCCAUGGCGGCGAGAGGCGGCGGCCGCGUGCUGGCCGUCUGCAGAGAGGACUGCCCUGGGGACGCGCCGUCCGUGCACAGCGUCGCCACCAACGGUUUGGUGGAAGCGCUAUCUGAACAGCUGAAGGGCACGGGAGUGAGUUUGACCUGCGCCUAUCAGUACCACUUCUCCAACAGCAGACUGCCUCUCUCAAUUCCCGAGCUGAGUGACGAACAGGUUGCGUCAGAGAUGGUGGCAGCACUGCGCCGCCGCCAGAGCCGUGUGGUUUUCCCCGCGAGGCCUCUCUUCUGGAACAGCGUCCUGCGGUCGCUGCACCUUGUCGCCGACACGAGCCUGCACGGCGCCCUCUGCCUGGAUACGCCUGCACCUGCGACAUCUGCAGCUCCUGCUGGUAACGUGGCGAAGUCCUGACGUCGGAGGAACAGCGAACUUGCCUUCGCUGGGUGUUUACCCGACAGCCACGUUGAGCUUCUUACAGGAGUCGGACAAUCGGAAUCAGCGCCUCUCACUGCGCUGAAAAGAACCGAAGCAUGUUCACAGCUGCAGCGUUGGACGUGUUUAGUAAAUUCUACGCAUGUAAUUUAUCCGACGCAACCAAAACACAAGUGUUACAAUAUUAAAACUGCUAUCAGGGCAUUUUAAUGCUAUUGUGCACAUUUCAUGGAAGUACGUAAGCGCUAUUUGCCAGUAUGACGUCAUGCGUUGCCUCAUUACAUUUGGUUCUGUAAAACGACCUUAAGAACCAGCAUACUUAUUCCGAUGAUGUACAGCUAAGGAUGACACGGCAUCGGUCGACAGUCACGUCACGAUUUUUUUUUACGAUUGUUCUCUCGUCUUUCCAGUCUUUAAUUUUUUUCUCAGAGGCGAACGCGUACGAUAACCUUAGUGCACAUAGCCCCAUGGACUUUCACACACCCAUUAAUCCAACAUAAUAUGGAAAAACAUAUAGGAUUCCUACUUUCGUCUUUUAACUUAUUGUAUCUUUCAUCAAAUGGUCUUCCAAGUUUUCUGCAUCCACGAGUUUUAUUUUAUGCCCACCACCCUCCAAAUAUAAUUUAUGUUUCAAGGUUCGUCCGACUAAGAAAAUCCCACAAAGAA